AUGUCAGCAAACAUAAAGCAGCGAAAAACUGAAAUCCAGCGUUCGCACGAGGAUUUCACCUUCUUGGCCAACUUCUUGUUCAAGAGCUUGGGAUACGAUUUAAUGGACUCACCCACAACCAGUCCCAGAUGGUGGAUACUUCUCCAAAGUGGAUACUUCUUGCUGUGCAUAGUGAGCAGCCUGUACGAGGCAGCUAUGCUGAUUCUAAGGAUCAUUCAGUGGGAGUCUUUGGCCGGAAGUCCCUCCACAAUAAUGCGAUACGCUCUGCAUUUCUUUUACAUGAUUAGUGCUCAGGGGAAAUUUUUCACAUUUAUGAUGUACCGAAAAAAAUUGCGAAUACUGAAUAAUAUGCUAAAGGAUUUGUAUCCUUCUGAUGAGCAGAAGCGAAAGGAGUACGACGUCAACAGUUUCUACCUCUCUCGAAGCACUCGAUAUUGCUUUUACUUCUAUUACUUAGUAAUGGUUCUUAUGGAGUUUGGUCCUGCCAUUCAGUCUUGUAUUGUGUAUUACGUGUUUGGGAAAGAUUUUCCCUAUCUAAGAAUUUUCCCGACGCGACUUAACUUUGAUUCGCACACACGUCUGGGUUAUAUCGGGGCCUAUCUGCUGGAUCUCACCUGCAGUCACCUCAUAGUCAAUAUGAGCGUGGCCGGCGAUCUCUGGAUGAUGUGUAUGUCGAGUCAGAUAUCAAUGCACUUUGCCCAUCUGGCAAAAGUCCUAACCUCCUACCGACCAAGUCAAGAAAGAGAGCAGGAAGAUUGCUAUUUUCUAAGCAUUCUGGUCAAAAGACAUCAACUUAUACUCAGGCUUCAUGCGGACGUUAACAAUGUUUUUGGAAUACUCCUGGCCUCUAAUUUGUUCACCACUGCCAGCUUACUUUGCUGUAUCGCUUACUAUAUAGUGGUGCAGGGAGUCAACCUGGAAGGCUUUUCCUACUUAAUGGUAUUUGUCAGUGUUACAGGUCAGUUUUACAUGGUCAGUGCACAUGGGCAGAUGCUCAUCGACUCGAGUACCAGUAUAGCUGCGGCUGCCUACGAAAAUAAGUGGUAUAAUGGAUCGGUGCGAUAUAAAAAGGAAAUUCUCUAUAUUAUGACAAAGUCUCAACGUCCUGCAGAGAUAUCAGCCAAGGGCAUAAUUAUUAUUUCACUAGAGACCUUCAAGAUACUGAUGAGCAUCACAUAUCGAGUAUUUGCUGUUCUACGCCAGACUGUAAAGUAACUGCGAUAUAUGGC